AUGCUGUCCUUGAUACGCCAUCUUCUCAGCCGCCCUAUUGAAGACAGCAGUAGGUUUCGUGUGCACGACGACCUUCUGGGCUUUAUAUCCUCUUUUAUUUUGCACGAUACACCUCUGAAUACCAAGGACGGGCAACUUGAAGACGAUGAGAGCUCAGAAGAUUUUCAGGAAAGGGUGGAAGAAGCAGUUCAAGACAUGAAAACAUGGGAUUGGGGCUCAACGAAGGAGAUAUAUGUGACCAUUGCUGAACGUGUUGUCCGCGACUGUCGGACUAUUUCGCAGCUAUCUAGUUGUGGAGGAGAGCAAAAUCCUGCGCCUCCAUCGCAACCUCGAGGAGGGGGCGAACAGUAG